ACAUCGCAGAUGUGGCUUUUUGUAGUUGGGAAAUGGUUGGGAAGUUGUCGAACUACUGCUUACUGCUAACUGCUGAUUGCUGUUUGCUGUUGUCGUAAGAGGGAAUUUUCGGCAUUUGUAGAAGGAAAACUAAUGAGACUUGAUUUUCAGUGCUACUGGCAAACUUUGGAAAACCAUCUUCAUAUAAAUGUUUAGUUGUCCAACGGCAGAGCCAAGUGCACUCACAUAAAACAUUUUGUAAAUUCCAUAUAUUCAAGCUGUAGACGCGUUGCUCCCAAAGGAUCUUUGCAGCUCACAUCCACAUACGCGAAAGCUACUAUUGUUGCUAUAGUUUUGUGUGGAAUGAAUUGAUGUUUGCAUUAAAAUUAAUUGAAUUGAAUUGAAUUGUACCUGAAUGCAUAUGCAUACAAUCUUAUACAAUUCGUACACUUAACCUUACCGUCGUCACACAUAGUGGGAGUAAAGUGUCAAUAUCAGUGUAAGCAAAUUAGUUCUAAAGUGUACAAUCAGCGACAGGGAGCAGGGAAACAAAUAUUCUUAUUAGUAACAGGAUAUUUGUUAACAGCACUUUUACUUGUAUUAUCAGUUAGUUGGCUAUUAUUGUGGUUAACGGAGAGCAACAGCAUGUCUAUUGCACCAGUGAUAAUUGAAGCAACAGCCAAACAAACUUCAACGCUCAUCUUCAUGCACGGCUUGGGGGAUACCGGCCAUGGAUGGAGUUCAGCGUUGGCAAUGAUACGUCCGCCCAGCAUGAAAGUCAUCUGCCCAACAGCUCCCACAAUUCCGGUGUCAUUAAAUGCUGGUUUUCGCAUGCCUUCUUGGUUUGAUUUACGUACGCUCGAUAUAUCGGGUCCCGAGGAUGAGGACGGUAUUAAAAAUGCUGCUCAAAAUAUAAAAGCAAUGAUUGAUGAUGAGGUAAAUAAGGGUAUAGCAUCGAAUCGCAUUGUGCUUGGUGGCUUCUCACAAGGAGGUGCGCUAGCACUGUACACAGCGUUAACAUAUAAUCAACCACUAGCUGGCAUCGUGGCGCUUUCCUGCUGGUUGCCAUUACACAAGCAAUUCCCGGGCAUAAAAACAAACGCCGAUGAUAUACCAAUUUUUCAAGCGCAUGGAGACUUUGAUCCUGUUGUACCAUACAAAUUUGGUCAAUUAAGUGCUAGUUUACUUAAGACAUUCAUGAAGAAUGUUACAUUUAAGACAUACAAUGGGCUAUCGCAUUCCUCAUCCGAUGAUGAAAUGGACGAUGUGCGGGAUGUACUGGCUUCCUGGACUGGUGACAGUAGAAACAGCAAAACUUCAGGGGUGGAUGUCAGCGGAAAUGCCACAGCACAAUGCUGUCUAAUAUCAUAGUAGCAAAUCUUUGAUUUUUCAUGAUGAUUGUGAUGAUGAUGAUGUAUGAGGCACAAACACAUUUUUAUUAAUGCAACAAAAACGCCACUAACUCAUGAACAUUAAACUAAUACUAAAAAGUAAACAACAAGCAGCAACUCAAGCAACUCGAAAAUUCAUUUUUUUCGAGUACUUUAAUCAAUAACGAAGAAUAAAAAUUAGCUUCUAUGGUACUUCAAAUUCUUAAAAAGUAGUUCCGCGUGUUUUUACUAGCACGCAUACUAAAAAUCCUUAACAAUAUUAAUAAGUUUUGCACUAUAUUACAUCAGGCGCAACGUAUUUUAUUUGAUUAUCAUUAGAAAUGGUCAGAAGUAGCUGAAUUUAUCGGCUGUUAAAGAUGUUAACCAGAAAACAUAUACCCUUAGCGUGUAGUGUAGCGUGA